CUCUGCGGCGUCUCUCUCUCUUCCUUAUCAUCAUCAUCUUCACUCUCUUUCUCUCUAAACCUCACACAGAGCCAUUUCAAGCAGAAGAAAAGCUCUCUCUGAUCCCUCUUCUGCCUUUCUUCUGAUUCUUCUGCUUAAGUUUUAGAGCUUUCUAUUCUUCUCAACCUCGAAGUGGAUCAAUAUGUCAAUGACAGAAGAGACUAAGACGACGAAGCUCGAAUCGGCGGGAGAUUCGUCCGAUGUAGACAAUGGUAACUGUAGUAGCAGUGGAAGUGGAGGUGAUACGAAGAAGACAUGCGUUGAUUGUGGAACAAGCAGGACUCCUCUUUGGCGUGGUGGACCUGCUGGACCUAAAUCAUUGUGCAAUGCGUGUGGGAUCAAGAGCAGAAAGAAGAGACAAGCAGCUCUUGGAAUUAGACAAGAGGACAAUAAGAUGAAGAACAAAUGUAACAACAAUCUCAAUCUUGAAAAUCGAACUGUCAAGAUUGCUAAAGGUGAACCAGGAAAUGUCAAGAACAAGAUCAAGACAGAUCCUGAGAAUUUCAGUAGCAGUAAUAAUAACAAGAAGAACGUGAAAAAGGUUGGUAGAUUUUUGGAUUUUGGGUUUAAAGUUCCGGCGAUGAAGAGAUCGGCGGUGGAGAAGAAGAGGCUAUGGAGGAAACUUGGGGAAGAGGAACGAGCCGCAGUACUUCUCAUGGCUCUUUCUUGUGGUUGAGAUUUAGUUUCUUGACUCUUUUUUUUUGUCUGAAUGGUUGAGAGAGAUUAGGGAAAAUAAGUUAGUGAGGAAAUGUUGAAGAGAGGGUUAUUAAUCCUAAUUAUCAUAUAUAUGUAAUUUAGAGGCAAGCUAAUGUUAUAUGCUGCUAUCUACUAAUUAAUUCGUUUAAACUCU